AUGUUAAUUUUGGCAGCUGGUGACUUGUACAUUCCUGACCGUGCUGUUGACAUCCCCGACAAGUUUCGCAAACUCCUCUGUCCCAAUCCCACCUCCAAACCUACAAACAGCAAACUAUCCAAGGUAUUAUGUUUGGGAAACUUGACCAAUUCGUGGUCUUCAUUGCAAUUUCUACACGACCUUAGCCCGGCUUUUCAUCUUGUAAAGGGUGAGUUUGACGAUGAAAACAUCUUGAGCCAGCAAUUGACUCGAUUAUCUGACGAUGUGGAGUCUUCUAUAAUGCAAAAGAACCAAACCGUCCCACAAGUCCAAAUAGUUUCUCAUGAUAAUUUGAAGAUAGGGUUCACCAAUGGGUACCAGAUCGUGCCCAGAAACGACCCACUUUCCUUGCUGACAUUGGCUCGUGAAUUGGACGUUGACAUCUUGAUUUGGGGAGGAACUCACAAAGUCGAGGCGUACACUUUGGACGGGAAAUUUUUCAUAAAUCCGGGUAGUAUAACGGGGGCAUUUUCGUUUGACUGGCCGGAGGAGGAGCAAGAAGAGAAAGAGGAAAAAGAAGAGGAGGAAAAAGAAGAAAAAGAAGAAGAAAAAGAGGAAAAAGAGAAAGAAGAAAGUGAAGUCGAGGAAAAAUCGGAAGAGGAUCACAAAAUCGCGGACAAUGGCUCGUAUCUUACCGAGGAGCUCUCGUCGUCGGUGCCUUCUUUCUGUCUUCUUGAUGUGCGCGAGUCGGGGUGUACCGUGUACAUUUAUACAUAUUUAAAUGACGAAGUGAAGGUAGACAAGGUGAGCUACCAAAAGGAAUAA